AUGUCAGAAGAGACUAAUAUGUCUUUAAGUGGUCAGACAAUUAAAAUGGAACCACCAGAAUACUUAAUAGAAGAGAUUGAAGGUGAAAUUGAGGAUGAAUUUGAUGCUCUUGAUGAUAUUGUUAAGCCGGAGCCUUAUUCAGAAGAUGAUGGAACUUGUUUAGAUAGAUUCAUGAAUUCCGAUGUGAAGAUUGAGGAAGAAGUCAAACAGGAAUUAAGUGGGGCACCCACUUGUGAAGAUGAUGAUGAAAAGUCUUCUGUAUGCGAUACAAGAUAUCUAUUAGAUCACACCAGAGAACAACCUUUAAACAUUGAAGAACUUGUUAAUCUGGACCAAAAUAUACAUGCUCCUACAGGAAAGGGUUUACACAAAUGUAGAAUAUGCGGUAAAGCAUUCACAACAUUGUGUAAUAUGAAAAAUCAUAUGCGUGUCCAUACUGGAGAACGCCCAUUUAAAUGCGAAUUGUGCGAAAAGGCAUUCACACAAUUGUGUCAUCUAAAAUCCCACAUGCUCAUUCACUCUGGAGCACGUCCUUACAAAUGCAAAAUUUGUGACCAAGCCUUCAAUCAAUCGAGUACUUUAAAGACUCAUAUGUAUACUCAUACUGGAAAGCUUCUUCAUAAAUGCGAAACAUGCAAUAUAACAUUCACAAAAUCAAGUGACAUGAAAAAGCAUAUGAUAAUCCAUACAGGAGGUCGCCCUUACGAAUGUGAAAUAUGCCACAAGACAUUUGCACUACCGAGUGAAAUGAAAAAGCAUAUGAUUAUUCAUACAGGUGAGCGCCCAUAUGAAUGCAAAAUAUGCGAUAAGAAAUUUGCACGCGUAAAUGGUUUGAACAGGCAUAUGCUUGUUCAUUCUGGAGACCGUCCUUACAAAUGUGAUCAAUGUGACAAAGCCUUCAGUCUAUUGCAUAAUUUAAAAGAUCAUUCACGAACUCAUACUGGAGAACGCCCCUAUGAAUGCCAGAUAUGCCAUUUGACAUUCGCACAUUCCAAAAACAUGAAAUCGCACAUGCAAUCUCAUACUGGAGAAAGUGAUGGUCAAUAUGAAAAAGUCAAUUAG